GCAUUACGUUCAGCGAGGUUUUUGCUUGGGUGGAUUGUAGCUGGCGAUCAGUACUACUGUGUACAAGUCAAUUUGUUAUCUCAAGAUUUAAAAGCCUAAGCACUCCUGGACGUGUUACGAAAGUUAACAGACCGGUUUAUAUAAUAUGCCAAAAAACAAGGGUAAAGGAGGAAAGAAUAGGCGACGUGGUAAGAAUGAGAAUGAAUCCGAGAAGAGGGAGCUGGUGUUUAAAGAAGAUGGUCAAGAAUAUGCACAGGUAAUAAAGAUGCUGGGGAAUGGAAGGCUGGAGGCUAUGUGCUUUGAUGGCAUCAAACGGCUUUGUCACAUCCGAGGAAAACUCCGGAAAAAGGUCUGGAUUAACACGUCAGACAUUAUACUCAUAGGACUGAGGGAUUAUCAGGACAACAAGGCAGAUGUUAUUUUAAAGUACAAUGCUGAUGAGGCUCGGAGCCUGAAAGCUUAUGGAGAGCUUCCAGAGCAUGCCAAAAUCAAUGAGACAGACACCUUUGGACCUGGUGACGAUGACGAGAUUCAGUUUGAUGACAUUGGUGACGAUGACGAGGACAUUGAUGAUAUCUAAUCUGGAGCUGCUGCUGCUGCUAAGGAGGAAAGUGGAGAGAGACUGUUCUGGACCUGCAUAGACAGAAUUUCCAUGUCCCCAGUGGAGUUGACUCUCCUUACUUCUGAGGUGGCUAAGAGUUAGUGCUGUCACUAAUUACAUGACUGCACCCUUAGAUUCAGUCAAUUUUCUUAUAUUUUAAGGUAUUUAUAUUAAUUUCACAUGAAGUGGAAUUUAGUUACAAGUAUAGAAUCUCCGGAUUCGCUAUAAAAAUGGAACAAUUUAAUGUUUGGUUUGCAGUCUGUAUUCUUGUAAUAUUCAAAAGCUCUGAGGUUGAGAAAGAAGUGUUUUUUGAAAACAGCUCAUUGCUCUGACAUGCCACUGUCGUUUUCUAUAUUUUUUUAAAUCUUUUUGUUAAUUCUCAUAUGAAAUAGGCUAAUGCAUUCAAAAGCAGUUAGUGUACCAGCCAAUUAAGAUAUUCAUAAAUUCUUGUUUCCCUCUGUUUGUCAUGUUGAGGAGUAAUCUAAUUUGAGGUCUUGUUUAAAUAAAAAAUGAACAGUUUUAUA